AUGGCUACCGCCGGCGAGGACGCGGAUGAACAGACUGCACAGGAUGCGCGACGAUUGCUGAUGGCCCCUGAUGCCGGCUGCGUGGAGGUCUUGUCGCCGGGGUCGAAUCGAUGGAAGCGCAAGCGCCUGCUGGCUAGAAUGGAUCUCAGGUGGAUCAGCGCUAAGGGCGAGGCAGGCCUGCCCGAGGACACCAAGGCCUGGGUGGGCAAGGGGCACAGCAUGGCGCUGGUGCGGGGCCACACGGAAGUGAUCUACAAGGAGGGGGAGCGCGAGUGGGCGGUGAAGCUUGGGGAUGUCAGGCAGCAGUUUAGAGCGGAGACUGCAGAAAUUGCGGCCCAGUGGGUGGCCGCGCUGCGAUGGCGAGUGCAGCCGUGGAUCGAUCUGCUCAAGGGCCAGAGUGUCGCUAGCAAGGGACUCGGAGAUUUGCAGGAGCGAGAGCCGACGGGUUGGCCCCUUCGCGCGCAUCAGCUGGCCACGGCCCAGUCGGUCGUGAGCGUGCUGGACAACGCUGCAGGAAUUGUGAAGGACACACUGGGCCCCUUGCCCGUCGUCGGUCCGGCCCUUUCUGUGCUGGGCUUCGCCCUGGAGGUGGCAGGAAGAGUCAAGUCGGAUUCGGACAGCCUCCAGCCGGCGCAAACCAGGCUGGCCCGAAUCGCGGAGCGCACUUUGGAGACGCUGCAGCGGGUUGUGCAGGGGCAGGCUGAGAGUCGGUUUGAGGAGCUGUCAGAGCUGCUGGGUGUGAUAGAAGAGGGCGCCCGACAACUUGAGAGUUUUGAGUACCAGUCAACCGUGCAGAUGGUGGUGCACGGCGUGUUUAAGGGGAGGCCAGGGCCGUCUGCAGUUCUGGACUUGGCUUCAGAGUGCGAGCAGCGCCUGUCAACUUAUGAGCAACACGACACGAACAAGGCGGUCCACGAGUUGGCAAACACAUGGAACUCACGCUGCACCAUGAGUCUGUGGUGCUUAUGA